UCUUCUUCCAAUCAUUCUUCACCUUUUUCAUGUUGCUUUAAUCCCCCAUUCAUAGAAAACUAGAUCUUUCGUUGACAAUAUCUCUCUUCAAUAUUCUUAUACCUUUACUGCCUUUAAUCUUCGGUUACCAAUCCACAAGAUGCCUUGGAAUAAGACGAUGGAGGGCCUGUUGGACGACGCGAAGGAGAAAGCUGCGUGCGAUCAGAGGGCAUGCAAUAAGGCUACAAUUAUGGCGCGCCUCACGCGGGGCGAAACAGAAGCUGUAUUUUGGUCCAUGGCUGUUGCAAUUAUCAUGGCUGCCGGAUACGCUGGCGUGAUAUAUUCACUAGAAGAAAAAGAAUACAGGCUGUAUAAAGGAGAAGCCGAGAUCUUCAAACGGAAAAGAAAUCCAACCGCGAAAGAAAAGGAAAUAUUUGAAAAGAAAAGGGAAGAACACAAACGCAGUGUUCAUUGGUGCCUGAUCAAUACUGGCCUUUGCCUGGUGUUCGCCAUCGCAUGUAAUGUUUUCCAAGUCUUGGCCAUCAUCUCUCUCCAACAUUGCUGGCAUGAGGACCUUCUUGGCCUUUACUGGCCGCUCUGGACACUUCUUGGUCUUGGCUCUACCAUCGCCAUGCUUGGAGUUGUAAUCAAUCAAAUAUAUGGCUUGCUGGAACACGAGCUUCCCUGCUUUUCCGUAGGGAUGGGUACUCCCGUGCUCGUUGUUUGUGCUAUUAUACAUCUCAUUUGGAGCAUGGCCACAAAGAAGAUUAAUGAGCGAAGGAGUGAACGAUCCGAUAGAGACGCAGAGGAAGGUAGGGUUUUAGCAUCGGCUGGGAGCCAGGAGAGCAAUCAUUCUGCCGCUUUCGAAGCAACAACUCUGUCGCUGGAGGAUGGGCCUAUCCUUCAGAUUUGGCACUCAAAGAAGCCUCAUCCUCCAAAUACCACGGUUGUUGGUGAGACCUCAGCGGGUGCUACUCUCCUAGUGCAUGUGACAAGAUGAAGGCGGCCAAGAACUCUGCAAUAUUUGCUCCAGAAGCAGGAAGCCUUCAGUUGCAGAGGCCUCCACCCCUCCUUCAUCCCCGUCCCGGAACCAGGCCGUUCCGAGAGAAAAUUCUUGAAGCUGCCUUAGUUUCAAUACCUCGCAUGUCGAAGAUGGCGAGUGGGAAAGGGGCAGGCCGUAAGUCAUCUGAACAAUGUCAUCAAUCAAUGCUAUGGCACUUAAUUCGGCUUUCUUCAAUGCUUCUUCGUUGAAGACCAGGAGAAUAGCUCUAUUUCGGCAACUUCUUUUCAACCUAGCUUAAAGAGCUCUUCCGGCUUUGCCAACUUGGAUAAUUUCGC